AUGUGCAUUCCAUCGCAGUCUGCUCAGAGGGCAAAAGCUGUGACUCCGAUCAGUUGGUACUGGAGUUUCAUGACAGCAACAGGAGCGUUAACACAGCUGGAGGCCACAUCGCUACUCUUGGAGUUGCUGAGGCUUAAGACUCCCACUGUGGAAGCCAACGGGGUGCCACCUGUAAUACACGGCCUCAACAUGAAGCCAGCGCAGCAAUCUCUCAACACAUCUCAAAUCAUCUCAAUACCACAGCCCUGUGACCCGAGCCGUGUCGUCACGGGUAGUCCCGAAUUCGCACGUGCUGCCAAUCCGUCCCGCAACUCGGACAGCACGGUGAGUCUGACCCUUCAUCCAGAAAUAAUUGGUGAGGAAUGA